GAAUUGUAAAAGUUGUGUGUGCAUUAGCAGCCGAGUGUUGAUCUGAACUGCACAUGCUUGGGAGGUUGUUUUUGUUUCCRUUGUUUUCCAGGAACAGCUUACAAGAAAUAAGCAUGCAGAUGUUCUGCAGUGAUCUUCCAGUGUGAUUCAUUUACUCUUUAUACUGUCUUCCAACCUUAGUAUAGUGACUCAGAACUCCUAGAUUCUCUUCCACAGAUAAGUCAUCAUGACCCACCAAUUCCCUGCGCUGUCUCCAGAGCAGAAGAAAGCUCUUUCAGACAUUGCUCAGCGUAUUGUGGCUUCAGGAAAGGGGAUCUUAGCUGCAGAUGAAUCAGUGGGUACCAUGGGCAACAGGCUGCAGAAGAUCAAUGUGGAGAACACAGAAGAGAAUCGCCGUGCUUUUAGAGAGAUCCUCUUCUCCUCAGAUACUUCCAUCAAUCAGAGCAUUGGGGGAGUGAUCCUCUUCCAUGAGACUCUCUAUCAGAAAGACAGCAGUGGGAAGCCAUUUCCAGCUGUCAUCAAAGAAAAAGGCAUUGUGGUGGGAAUAAAGCUGGAUAAAGGCACAGCACCCCUAGCAGGAACAAAUGGAGAAACCACCAUACAAGGGCUGGAUGGACUAGCUGAGCGCUGUGCCCAGUACAAGAAAGAUGGGGCUGACUUUGGCAAGUGGCGGGCAGUGCUGAAGAUUACCAGCACAACUCCCUCUCAGCUUGCUAUCCAGGAGAAUGCUAACACACUUGCACGCUAUGCCAGCAUCUGCCAGCAGCAUGGGUUGGUGCCCAUUGUAGAACCAGAAAUCUUGCCUGAUGGAGACCAUGAUCUCCAGCGUUGUCAGUACGUGACAGAAAAGGUUCUGGCUGCAGUCUACAAGGCCUUGAAUGAUCAUCAUGUCUACUUGGAAGGAACACUGCUGAAACCCAACAUGGUGACAGCUGGGCAUUCCUGCCCCAAGAAGUAUACCCCUCAGGAUGUUGCUGUAGCAACUGUCACUACUCUCCUGCGUACUGUUCCUGCGGCUGUGCCUGGAAUCUGCUUCCUGUCUGGAGGUCAAAGCGAAGAGGAGGCUUCUCUCAACCUAAAUGCAAUGAAUCAGUCUCCUCUGCCAAAACCCUGGAAACUGACUUUCUCAUACGGGAGAGCUCUGCAGGCCUCUGCUCUGGCAGCAUGGGUGGGCAAGUCAGAGAACAAGAAGGCCGCCCAAGAAGCCUUCCGCAAGCGCGCACAGAUUAACAGCUUAGCUGGCAGAGGAUCGGAUGUCGUGUCUGGGAAUACUGAUGCAGCUGGCAUGCAGUCACUUUUCACUGCAAGCUACACCUACUGAAAGAACAGGAAUCCUGCUUUUGUCCUGUCCCUCUUCAUAGGUUGAACAUGAUCAGAAUGAAAGAAAAACAAAGAAAUCUAAUUACCUUUACCCUAAACAAAAUUUGAAAUAAAACAAUUAGCUUCCCCACCACCCUUUGCUAUUAUGACUUCGGGGUAUAAUAUUCCUGUAUGAUCUGCACGUUCUGUACAACCAGAAUAUUUCCCAGAGUAUAAGCAACAACUGCCAUUGAAACAAUAACCCCACUAUCCCUCUGGUUUAAACUCCUUCCCCAAAAUACCAGGCAGAUUAGGUGUUUGGAAUAAUUUGGGAAUCCAUGGUCUCCAGCAAUUCAAAUGCAUGCCUUCUUGCACCUGCUGCUGCCAAAAUCCUGAAAUCCAAAACCUGACUCUG